AUGUUAUGCUCGAGAUCGCUAAGAAGAACGUUGAGAUGUGCGGGAAACCGGAGGAUGUGUAUCGACCUCUUCUUCUUGGUUCUUUUUAUCCUUGCUUGUUCGAUAGUUGUUUCACACUUACACGCAUCCCCUCCUUUAAGGGCAGCUCCUCAGUCUGCGCAGAUAGAUAUUUUUGAUAAUCCUCCUGCUCGCAGAGUUGUUGAUGAUAAGCCACUAAAUGAAGAGAGGACGAAAGUUGGCGUUGGCAAGGAGGUUUUUCAGAUCAAACGUGGUCAGUACAAAUUUGGAAAGGAAGAUAUGGAAUUAAAGAAAACAAGUCAAAAGUACAUAAAUGGUAUUUCCUAUCCUUUACUAAAUUCCAUUGGAAAUUUUAUACCAAUUCGGCGGAUUGUUCAUCUGGAUUUGAAAGGUGGAGCAUAUAAGCCUUAUUUCUUCGAUCAGAUUUUUCAACUGCUGAAAGAUCUUCGUGCUACUGGCAUCCUUAUCGAGUGGGAAGAUAUGUUUCCCUAUAGAGGCAGAUUAUCUACUGCGAUUAAUGGCAAUGCAUAUACAGUUGAAGAUGUCAACAAUAUACUAACGAGUGCAAAAUUACAUGGACUCGAAGUUAUCCCGCUAGUGCAGACUUUUGGGCAUCUAGAGUGGAUUUUGAAACUGGAAAAUUUUGCCCAUUUACGAGAAGCAGCUGCUUAUCCCCAAGUAAUAUGUUUUGCGUUAGAAGAAUCAUGGGAUUUAAUUAAAGAGAUGAUUGAUGAAGUCCUUACAAUGCAUUCAAAAUUUGGCAUAAAUUUCUUCCACAUGGGAGCCGAUGAAGUCUAUCAGGUGGGGUAUUGCAAUAGUACAUUAAAAGUGAUGGAUAGGGAAGGAUCUAGAGAACGUGCGGUGUUGUGGCACAUAGCUCGUGUUGCAGAAUAUAUUCACGGGAAAAAAGAUGUUUCUGUUUUGGCGUGGCAUGAUAUGCUUGUGCAGGCAACUGAAGAUGAUUUUUUAUAUUACAAAGUUAAUGACCUGGUCGAGCCUGUAUUGUGGUCCUAUGCAGAGCAACUGGAUCAGUAUCUGUACCCAAGCACAUGGUCAACCUUAAAACCGUUCAAGAAGGUUUGGAGCGCGUCAGUUUUUAAAGGUGCAGAUGGACCCAUGCAGUAUCGCUCAAACCCUAUUCAUUAUAUACGCAAUAAUGAAGCUUGGACUGAACAAAUGACUAAUAAUUAUCAAGAAUUUGAGUAUAUACAGGGUAUUAUUAUUUCUGGGUGGUCGCGCUAUGACCAUAUGGCUGUGCUCUGUGAGCUUCUGCCGGUGGCUGUCCCUUCACUUGCAAUGACGCUUGAGACAUUAAUUGAAGGUAGGAAAUUGGAUGGUGAGUACUCUUUGACCGUAAAAUUAUUCAAAUGCUCGCCUCCAACACGACCUGGGUUUGUCUAUGGAUGCCAGUUUCCUGGAAGAAAGGUUUAUGAGCUCAUUAACGAGUUUUAUAACCAGCACGACCAACUACAGCAUUAUCUUAUGACAGAUUUUGAAUUCAAUGGUUGGCUCUCGAAAGUUGCUGUAAAGUAUCGGCAUUCUUCUCCUAUGUAUUUAGAAAAAAUUCUUCACUUUCUCGAAUUUCAUUUGGUUCCGUUGGAGAAGCUUGAAGCGGAUCUCAGGGACGAGUUAAGUAAGAUUUACUUCAACGAGACCGUUGAUGAAUUUAUGCUUACCUAUGUGGAGGAUUCUCUUUCCAUGUUGAAGGAACGGUAUAAAGCUGGUCUUGAAUUAAGCAAACAACAUUAUUUUCCUAAACGGCCUUUUAUAAAAUCCCUGUUUAGUUCGACUACGAAACUCUAG